AGCCCUGAUGGUGUCUGGUCCACUCUCUCCCUCUCUCAGCCCUGAUGGUGUGUGAGGUCCACUCUCUCCCUCUCUCAGCCCUGAUGGUGUGAGGUCCACUCUCUCCCUCUUUCUCAGCCCUGAUGGUGUGUGUGGUACACUGUCUCUCUCAGCCCUGAUGGUGUGUGUGAUACACUCUCUUCCUCUCUCAGCCCUGAUGGUGUGUGAGGUCCACUCUCUCCCUCUCUCAGCCCUGAUGGUGUGAGGUCCACUCUCUCCCUCUUUCUCAGCCCUGAUGGUGUGUGUGGUACACUAUCUCUCUCAGCCCUGAUGGUGUGUGUGGUACACUCUCUUCCUCUCAGCCCUGAUGGUGUGAGGUCCACUCUCUCCCUCUUUCUCAGCCCUGAUGGUGUGUGUGGUACACUAUCUCUCUCAGCCCUGAUGGUGUGUGUGGUACACUCUCUUCCUCUCAGCCCUGAUGGUGUGAGGUCCACUCUCUCCCCCUCUCAGCCCUGAUGGUGUGAGGUCCACUCUCUCCCUCUCUCAGCCCUGAUGGUGUCUGGUCCACUCUCCCUCUCUCAGCCCUGAUGGUGUGAGGUCCACUCUCCCUCUCUCAGCCCUGAUGGUGUCUGGUCCACUCUCUCCCUCUCUCAGCCCUGAUGGUGUCUUGUCCACUCUCUCCCUCUCUCAGCCCUGAUGGUGUGAGGUCCACUCUCUCCCUCUCUCAGCCCUGAUGGUGUGAGGUCCACUUGCUCCCUCUCUCAUUACAUUACAUUACAUGUCAUUUGGCUGACGCUUUUAUCCAAAGCAGUUACAGUUGAUUUAGACAAUCCUUCCCUGGAGCAACGCAGGGUUAAGGGCCUUGCUCAAGGACCCAACGGCUGUGCGGAUCUUAUUGUGGAUCGAACCACGGACCUUGCAGGUCCCAGUCAUGUACCUUAACUGAUGGUGUGUGGCCCACUAGCUCCCUCUCUCAGCACUGAUGGAGUCCUACAGCCCCGAUAUACUGUAUGGGUAGUGAAAAGCCUUUCCUUCUGGAAGCUUCUCUGAUUCUUUCCUGGGGGACAUUGUCCCUCAGACCCAGCACUGGAGUAGUCACAUAUGAAGAACACUCAGCCAAAAGCGAGGCAGUGUGGCUUUAGUUUUUAACUGAAUGCCUCUACCUGUUGGUCAACUGCUGAUGAGCCCAAGCACAUCUUUGAGGUUAUUCCAGCACAAGCUACGCACCAACAAAUGUAUGUAAUGUUUUUGUUUUUGUUCAGUCUUUAUUCAAUCAGACAGGAAGCAUCCGAGUCUCCCAAGAUAGACCCAGGGGGGGAAAAAUGUAAUUAUUUGUUAAAGAGAAAAACUGUCCCAGGAAAUUUGUGUGCGUUUGCUUGCUGCCUUCCACUGAGGCGAAAGCGUGGUUGUCUGUGCUGAGAUUAUUUCUGCUGGCGAAGGAACGGCGGUGUCAAACCAAGCUUGUGAUGUGGGUCUGGCCUACCUCUUGCUGCUGGAGUGACCUUUUUUAAAACGCCUUUGUCAGGUGUUGUGUUUUACCAGAUAAACGAGCCUCGCUUCUUUUUAUUCAUCCGGGCUUGGAGCGGGCCUGGGGUUGAAUCUGGGUUCAGCGGCACGCUGUGAGCCUGGAUCCGCUUACUGUGGGAACACAGCGGUUUCCCAGCAGCCCGAGGGGCCCGUGCUGUCGGGCACGGCCGCGACUGCGUCCGUGACUCCUCAUACGCACCCGUGACUCGUGCUCAACUUUCCGUACCUUCGCGGUGAUCAGUCUGAUGAUUGGCGGAGUGACUGUGAGGGAGGCGCCCGACUCCAUGUUCUACACGCAAGUCCUCAACGGGACCAACAUGUCCACCGUGCUGGACACGGAGGCCCGGGACGCCAGGCGGGUGCAGCUGGCAGUGGCCCUCACCUGCCUGGUGGGCAUCAUCCAGCUGGUCCUGGGCCUGCUGCGUUUCGGCUUCGUGGCCAUCUACCUGACGGAGCCGCUGGUGCGCGGCUUCACCACGGCCGCUGCCGUCCACGUCUGCAUCUCGCAGCUCAAGUACCUGCUGGGCGUCCAAACCACGCGCUUCAGCGGCCCCCUGUCCGCCAUUUUCAGUUUGAUCGCUGUUCUGAAGGACAUCGCAAGCACCAACGUAGCUACUCUCAUAGUGGGGCUGGUGUGCAUAGUGUUCCUGUAUGGGGUGAAGGACCUGAACGACCGCUUCAAAAAGAAGCUUCCGGUCCCCAUUCCUGGCGAGAUCAUUGUGGUGAUCGUUUCAACUGGAAUCUCGUAUGGGGUCCAGCUCUAUGAGAACUAUGGUGUGGAGGUGGUUGGCGAAAUUCCCAGAGGGCUUCUUCCACCCGCUGUUCCGGAUUUUUCCCUUCUGCCCAACUUGGUCACAGACUCCAUUGCCAUCGCCAUCGUGGGCUUCUCAAUGGGAAUCUCCCUGGCCAAGAUCUUUGCACUUAAGCAUGGAUACACUGUGGAUGGCAAUCAGGAGCUGAUUGCGCUGGGUGUCUGCAACCUCUCCAGCUCCUUCUUCCACACCUUCGCCAUCACCUGUUCCAUGUCCCGCAGUCUGGUCCAGGAGAGCACAGGAGGCAACACACAGAUAGCAGGGCUCCUGUCAUCUAUGGUGGUCCUAUUGGUGGUGGUUGCCAUUGGUUUCGUGUUCAAGCCUCUGCCUCAGACGGUGCUGGCGGCCAUCAUCAUGGUGAACCUGGUGGGCAUGUUCAAGCAGCUGAGGGACAUCCCUGCGCUGUGGAGAACCAGCAAGAUCGAGCUGGCUAUCUGGCUGGUGGCCUUUGUUGCCUCGGUCUUGCUGGGCCUUGAUUAUGGGCUUCUUGUAGCCAUUGGAUUUGCCAUCAUAACGGUCAUUUACCGGACACAGAGUCCGAAGAGUAUUGUUCUUGGACAGGUCCCUGACACAGGGAUGUACUAUGAUAUUGAAGAAUAUGAAGAGGCCACUGAAUGUACAGGGAUCAAGAUAUUCCACACAAACACUUCUAUCUAUUUUGCGAACAGUGAUCACUAUGUCAGUGCCCUCAAGGAAAAGACGGGAGUGGACCCAACACUGCUGCUGGCCGCACGGAAAGCUCAGCAGAAAGUCAGGAAGUGGACGAGCGAAAAUAACUCCCCGGGGCAGACCUCGCCUCAGAAAGUGAGAGCUGUUGUCAAACUUGACGUUGAGAUGGGCGUCACUCACGAGGUGGUGGGUAAGGAGGAGCCUCAGAAGAACGGGCACGUCAUGGAGGCGGAGUCGGACUCGGAGGAGACCCACAUGAUCCUGGACCCCCCCGGGGCCGUCCACUCCAUCAUACUGGACUUCGGCCCCGUCAACUUCAUCGACUCGGUCGGGGCCAAGGCCAUCAGAUCCGCUAUAAAAGAGUACGCCGAGGUCGACGUGGAGGUUUACCUUGCUGGCUGCAGCAGGACCUUGCUGAAGGACCUGAGGAGGUUAAAUUUCUUCGCGGGCGCAGUGACCACAGAGCGGGUUUUCCCCUCUGUUCAUGAUGCUGUGCUGUUCUGCCAGCACCGGCUGACCCUUCCCAGCGAGAGUCAGCCCCCCAGGGACAGUCAAUCCCCCAGCGACAGUCAGCCCCCCGGCGACAGUCAGGCAGAUGCCGAAGCCAGCGGGACGGAGAAAUGAACGGUGGGCGAAACAGCCCAGCCGGACCCCUGGACACAGAUACGCACUCUCCAAACCCCUUCCCACUUCCUGUGUGGAGUGGGCGGAGUUUAUGGAUAACAUUCCAAUAGGCCUUCUUUUAAGGUUAGGCGGUAAAGAGCCAUUUAAGAGGUUGUCAUUUAGCAGUCUUUGUUUUUUUUUCUUUUACCAAAUAGUGGUACAUACUCAACAAUGAGGCUCUUUCCCUUUCUCCCAGUAUUGCUUCUGAAAGAUCACAAGUGGAUAUGGCCAGAGUAGCAAUCGUGCUUCUGUUACACGUUCCUUGGAAGAAUACUUUCAAAUAUCUGGCUUUUGUCAGCCAGAGAAUGCACUACGGGACAUAAAGAACACUUUAAAUUCUGCUAUGUAUCUUCGUUACUGAUAGACUGAAAAUCUGUUUGGUUGCACAGCAUCAUGUGAAUGUAUUUUCUGCACCAGGUGAGAUAUGGGUAGAUUUACUUUUCUUUCUGCUCCCACAGCCAGUGUAUAAUUAUGACGCAAAGACCGCAAAUCUGUGGAACAUUUGUAAAGCAUUGUGCUGCACUUUGACUAGGAAAGUCACAACUCAAUCUUACAGCUCAAGGAAAAUUGUCUUUAAAAUACUUGUAAUUAUUAUAUAGAGAUCCUGGACUGGAUUUCAAGGAAAGCGAUAUCGGCCUCCUUCAUUUCAGGCUCAUUUCAGGCUCAUUUCAAGCCACCUCUGAUUUCUGUGACUAGAUGUGGUGCAACACCUCACCCUGAUAACACUGCUCUGGGUGCUUUAGCGUUUUUGUAAUGUUCUGAUUUUAUUUUGCUUUGCAAACCAGAAAAGCUGCGGCGGACCAGUCGGGAAGGAAUUAGUUUGUAAACCAUUUUAUGUCGAAGGUUUGUGUUUUAUGAGAGUAUGGUAAACGAUAGUGUCAGCAGGAAGGUAUUUUUUGUUGCUUUUUAAUUGUAUUUUAAUGUCAUUUUUAAAUUUCCAUGGCUGAAUUUUACCUGCUAUUAUUUGGAUGUCAGUUUUCUGGUGACCAUUAGACCAGUGUGAAAUUCUGCAUUUAAUGUCUUUAAUGUCUUUAUCAUUAGCUCAUUCUUUGAGUUUGAUGGACUAUAAACUGGUUAUAAACUGCUCCUGGAGUUUAUUUACCAGAAUUGCCUUUUUUUUUUUUUAAUCUGUAUAUUUUUGUAUACACAUUAUCCAUGAAGCUGUAUAUGUACUGAAGCAACCCUGGUUAAGUACCUCACUCAAGGCUGGCACGGCAGUGCCCCUUCUGGUGGACUCUGCUGGUUGCAAACCGUUGUGCUUACACAACCACCAUUGUCUCCCGUUUUGCUGUACCGUUUUGUAUGUUACUGUAAUAGUGUGUGAGCGCAUCCUUCCUGAGAAACAACUAUUUUUUUAAACACAGAUUAAAGAAACUAUUGAUGAAAAUGUGCUUUGUGUUACAACUGAUGCACUUUUUACAUACAAUUAAAUUUGUUCCAAGAUAAAUUCUAA